AUGGAAGAUCUUAAGGCUACUAAAACUAACAGUAUUGUUCUAGAGGUUAAAGGAAUCAUCAUGGAAGAAAGGGAUAAGGUCUUAACUCAUCUUGGGAUUGCUCCUGUGUUUGGACUGGUUAUAAUGGCACUAGUCUACACAGUGGGACAUAUCUCUGAUGCUCACAUAAAUCCUACAAUAAGUCUUGCCUUAUCAUCUGUGGGAAAACUUUAUCUUCAGGAGAUUGUGGGUGCCACAGCAGCUGCACCUGCACUCAAUUUAAUUAUUACAAAUGUCUCCAUUAGUGUUGCUGUCAAUGUUCCUGUGGGAAAUCCUUGGGCAUCACUGGUGGUGGAAAUCAUUAUCACCUUCAUAUUCUCCAUUGUUAUAUUUGCAACAGUCACAGACCCUAAAGCACCGGGUGAAAUGGUACGGAUUGUUGUGGGUGGUGUAGCUGCUUGUAAUGCUUUAUUUGCAGGGCCACUCUCGGGAUGUUCCAUGAACCCAGCAAGAUCCUUGGGGCCUGCACUGAUAGCACUCAAAUUUGAUGGUCUUUGGGUGUAUAUUCUUGGACCUGUUUUUGGUGCCCUUUGUGGAGCUUGGUUCUAUAAGGGUAUUUCUAUACAAGAAUAG